AUGUAUGGAAAUGAGGGGAUGGAAAGACUUAUCCCACUGGUUAACAAGCUCCAAGAUGCCUUCGCAUCGCUUAACCUUCCUCUUAAUCUUGACUUACCUCAAAUUGCAGUUGUCGGGAGCCAGAGUGCUGGCAAAAGCUCUGUGCUCGAAAAUUUCGUGGGACGCGAUUUUUUACCACGAGGUAACGGUAUUGUUACAAGAAGGCCACUUAUUUUGCAGUUAGUGCACGAUAAGUCAGUCGAGUAUGGAGAAUUCAUCCAUUGCAAGAAUAAAAAGUUCACAGAUUUCGAUGACAUACGUCGAGAAAUCGAGCAAGAAACGGACCGCCUCACUGGUUCAAAUAAAGGUAUUUCCAACAUUCCAAUCAAUCUCAGGAUUCAUUCAUCUAGAGUUCUCAAUUUGACUCUUAUUGAUCUUCCUGGCAUGACCAAAGUUCCAGUUGGAGAUCAGCCACCUGAUAUUGAGACUCAAAUCCGCAAUAUGAUCAUUGAGUUCAUCGAAAAGGAUUCCUGUCUCAUUUUGGCCGUCAGUCCCGCCAACUCUGACCUCGCUAACUCCGAUGCUUUAAAACUUGCAAAGGAAUAUGACCCACAGGGUCUUCGUACCAUUGGUGUGAUAACUAAGUUAGACUUGAUGGAUGAUGGUACAGAUGCUCAAGAAAUCCUCGAAAAUAGAUUGCUUCCGCUACGAAGAGGUUAUGUUGGUGUCGUUAAUAGAAGUCAGCGGGAUAUCGAUGGACAUAAGAAUAUAAGUGCUGCUUUGGAGGCUGAACGCAGAAUACUUAAUCAACAACUUACCAAUCAUAUCCGUGAAACUUUACCUAAUCUACGCAAUCGCUUACAAGCCCAGUUAAUUAGUUUAGAAAAAGAGGUAUCUGACUUUCGUAAUUACCGUCCAGAUGAUCCAGCUUAUAAAACAAAAGCGUUAUUACAGAUGGUACAAUCGUUUGAAGCAGAAUUUUCUCAAAAUAUUGAUGGACAUGUUGCUGAAGUUGAUACUCAAACAUUAUCUGGUGGUGCUGAAAUUAAUCGUGUAUUCCAUGAACGUUUUCGAUAUGAUUUACUCAAGAUUGAAUUCGAUGAGAAAACUUUACGAAAAGAAAUCGCUGUUGCCAUUCAAAAUAUUCAUGGUGUCAGGCCCGGAUUAUUCACACCAGAUAUGGCAUUCGAUGCCACAGUGAGAAAACAAAUUGAAAGACUUCGAAUCCCUUCACUCAAGUGCGUUGAUAUGGUCGUCUCCAGAUUAACAGAUGUAUUACAGCAUUGUAGCGAUAAGGUAGGACGAUUUCCACGACUUCGUGAAGAAAUUGAACGCAUAGUUAAUAUGCGGGUUCGUGAAUUAGAAAUAGCUACUAAACAACAAAUUAAAAUACUGAUCGAUUUUCAGUUAGCCUAUAUGAAUACAAAUCAUGAAGAUUUUAUCGGUUUUCAAAAUGCUGAGCAGCGAGUGAAUGAUAGUGCGAAAAGUAAACUUGGGAAUCAGGUCAUUUGCAAAGGAUGGCUUAGUUUGAUCAACCCAAGUCUAUUACGUGGUGGCAGUCGUUAUUGUUGGUUUGUUCUAACCGCGGAUACUCUGACUUGGUUCAAAGAUGAUGAGGAAAAAGAGAAACGAUAUGUUCUUCCCUUAGACGGACUAAAACAACGUGCUGGGGAUACUGGAUUUUUUUCCAAACGACCAACAUUUGUUCUUUACCAUACAGAUACUAAAACUAAUGUCUACAAAGAUCAUAAAACACUAGAUUUAUCUGCAGACUCAGAAGAAGCUGUUGAAGCGUGGAAAGCAGCUCUUGUUCGUGCAGGUGUUUUUCAUGAUCCAACUUCGAAACCCGAUGAACAAAGUGAUGAUGGUGAUUUGAGUAAGGCAGCAGCUGAUCCAAAACUUGAAAGACAAGUAGAAAUUAUACGUAAUCUAGUUGAUUCUUAUAUGAAAAUUGUCACCAAGACUCAACGUGAUAUGGUUCCGAAAAUAAUUAUGCAUCAAUUAAUUAAUGAAAUCAAAGUGUUCCUAAAAGGAGACCUGUUGCCUGGACUGUAUUCUCAAGACCCUAGUUGUCUUAUGGAGGAGUCGGCGGCUGAAAAAAAGCAUCGUGAAGAAAUGAUACGCAUGUAUGAUUCAAUAAGAGAAGCUCUAUCUGUUAUAUCGGAUGUCAUAGCGAAUACACACAGUGUCCCAUUACCACCGCCUGUUAAUGAUGAUUGGAUUGAGGAAUCUUCGUCAGGUUCAAACAAUAAUAUUCGUCGACCACCUGGUUCUGGUAAUGUAUCUCUUCCUGGUCAUUUCGCCACUCCAGCAAAAGGUUCAACUCCUAAUAACUCUGCAAUAAAUCUUUCCAAUCGUCCUAUACCCUCUAGACCAGCUCCAAAUUUGCCUAUACGCCACGCUCUAAACCCUCCAACGAUAGUAACCACUGCCCCUGGUCAACUUCCUGCUCCGCUACUUCCUCAACGGACGCCUCAGUUCAGUAAUGGUCUUUCGCAAAGUGCAAGUACUGGCAAUCUUCCUGGUACUUUUACUUCAGGUACUGGUAACAGUUCCAAUUUAUUAUUGACUAGUGUACCGAAUGGUUCUAAUCCAAAUACAGUGUAUACUACAAAUGCACCAUGGAUUUCAUUUGAUCCCCUUUUUAAUCAAUCACAGUCUGGAUCAAUAGCACCACCAGUCCCACCACCAAAACUGACAUCAUUAUCUGGUAAUCUCGGACAUCCAAUUAUACCAGAACGUCCAGGUAACAGUGGUAUGCCUCGUAUUCCUCCUCGACCAACUACAUAA